AUGUGGUCUCGACGAUUAUUUCUUGUUUGGUUUUUUACUUUAACUAUUCUAACAACACAAAGUCAUGUUAUUCAUAAACGAGGUUUACUUUCAAAAUUAUUUGGUGGUAGUCGUCAAUCGAAUCGUGAUGUUGAAACUGAGAUGACACCACGUGAACGAUCAAGAUUCCGUGAAUUACUUAAAAAUCCAGUAGUUAUUUCAAUGCUCAGUGCUGCUGUUGGUAUGGCCAUUCAACAAGCAUUAUCUGCAAACAAUAUGGGUGAUAUAUGUAAUAAUAAAUAUAUUAAAAUGGCUUCAACAGUCGGAAUUAUGAAUCCUCAACUUCAACAAGCAAUUAAUUUACUUGGUUGUAAUGCACCUAAUCGAAAGUAUGGUAGUGAUAAAUCUAAAGAUAAAUAUAGUUCAUUUACUACAACUCCUGCUUAUGAUAAUGAUGAAGAUAAUGAAAAUGAAGGAGAACAAUCUGAAGAUCAAAAUAAAACUGAUGAUGAAGACGUUGUAGAAAGUGGUAUUCCACCUGAAAAACAUUCAAAAUUAAAACAAUUAAUUAGUAUAACACGUGGUGAAAAAGGUGCUAAACGUAAUUUUAUUAAAGGUCUUUUUGGUUUAAAUAAAAAAGAUCAAACAUUUAAAAAAGGUCAAAAAUUACCAUCAUCAUCAUACAAAUUAGAUAAAGAUGAUGCUAAUGCAAUGAAAGAUCUUGAAAAAGACAUCGAACACUAUAAUAAAGUGAUUACUUAA